AUAACACCAAAAAAAGAAAUAGAAAAAGAGAAGAAUCUGAUCAUCUCUUUCUUCUUCUUCUUCUUUUCUCAUUUCCUCUGUUUUUCUCUCUCUCUUUCAAGUCCAAAUCAAUGGACUUUGUUUGAGAAACCAAAAAACAAAAACAAACCCACAAAUCCAAACACUCAAGCUAAAAAAACCCACUUGUAAAUUUUAAAUCUUUUAAAUUUUUAAUGGCAGCUUCAAGUGGGUUUGGGUUAGUGACUGAACCAACAACAAUUUCACAGCAGUCACAAGAAGUUUUUCAAUGGCUUAAAAACCUACCAUUAGCACCAGAGUACCACCCAACUCUAUCAGAGUUUCAAGAUCCGAUUGCUUACAUUUUCAAAAUUGAAAAAGAAGCUUCCAACUUUGGUAUUUGCAAAAUAGUCCCUCCUGUUCUUCCUGCUCCUAAAAAAACUGCAAUUACCAACUUUAACAGGUCCUUAGCUGCUCGUGCUGUUUCUAGUUCUAAAUCUUCACCACCAACAUUCACUACCCGUCAGCAACAGAUCGGGUUUUGCCCCAGAAAGUCUAGACCCGUGAAGAAACCCGUUUGGCAGAGUGGGGAGAAUUAUACUUUUCAAGAAUUUGAAGCUAAAGCCAAAUCUUUUGAAAGAAUUUACUUCAAGAAAUGCUCGCCCAAGAAAACUAAUUUUUCUCCUUUGGAAGUUGAAACCCUUUACUGGAAAGCUACUGUGGAUAAGCCUUUCUCUGUGGAGUAUGCGAAUGACAUGCCGGGUUCGGCUUUUUCGGUGAAGAAGGAGGGUGGAGGGAAGGAGAUUAAUGAAGGGGUGACUGUUGGUGAGACUGAGUGGAAUAUGAGAGGUGUGUCGAGGGCGAAAGGGUCGUUGUUGAGGUUUAUGAAGGAGGAGAUACCUGGGGUUACUUCUCCUAUGGUGUAUGUUGCUAUGAUGUUUAGUUGGUUUGCUUGGCAUGUUGAGGAUCAUGAUUUGCAUAGCUUGAAUUACAUGCAUAUGGGGGCUGGGAAGACUUGGUAUGGUGUGCCUAGAGAGGCUGCUGUUGCUUUUGAGGAAGUUGUUAGAGAUCACGGGUAUGGUGGGGAGAUUAAUCCACUUGUGACAUUUUCAGUUCUUGGGGAAAAGACCACAGUUAUGUCACCUGAAGUAUUUAUUAGUGCAGGAGUACCAUGCUGCAGGUUAGUGCAAAAUGCUGGGGAGUUUGUUGUCACUUUUCCAAGAGCCUAUCAUUCGGGGUUCAGUCAUGGGUUUAAUUGUGGAGAGGCAGCCAAUAUUGCAACUCCUGAGUGGUUGAGGGUUGCUAAAGAUGCUGCUAUUCGAAGAGCUUCAAUUAAUUAUCCUCCAAUGGUGUCUCAUUUCCAGUUACUUUAUGAUCUUGCUCUAGAAUUAUGUACCAGAAUGCCUGUGAACAUCAAUCUUAAACCACGGAGCUCUAGACUAAAAGAUAAGCAAAAGGGUGAAGGAGACACACUGGUUAAAGACCAAUUUGUAAAGAAUAUGAUUCACAACAACGAGCUGCUUCAUAUUCUUGGAAAAGGAUCUUCAGUUGUGCUUCUUCCUCGAAGUUCUUCAGACAUAUCUGUUUGUUCAAAUUUACGUGUUGGAUCACAGUUAAGAGCGAACCUCUCUCUUGGGUCAUGCAGUAACAAGGGGAUUAUGAAUUCCUCAAAAAAAGUAGUUCCUGAUGAAAAUAUUCUGGACAGGAACCACCGAAUUAAUCAAUUAAAAGGCGUUCUUUCAGUGAAAGAAAAGUUUGCUUCUUUGUGCGAACAAAAUAGGUUUUCCUCAUUGAAUGGAAAACAUAAUAAGAAUACUACAUACACAAGCAUUGAACAUGAUAUUCAUGGGGAGAAGCUGUCUGAUCAGAGACUGUUUUCAUGCGUCACGUGUGGAAUUUUGAGCUUCGAUUGCAUUGCUGUCAUUCAACCGACAGAAAAAGCUGCUAGAUACCUCAUGUCUGCUGAUUGUAGUUUCUUUAAUGAUUGGAUUGUUGGGUCUGGAGUAACUAAUGAUGGAUUGAUCACUGCUGAUAGAGAGACAAAUUCUUCUGAGCAGGAUCAGCCAACAGGAUUGGUGGAAAACAAUGUUGUGGAUGGUUUAUAUGAUGUUCCUGUUCAGUCUGUGAAUUGUGAGCUUGAAAACAUAGAUCAAAAUAUAGUGAGUUCCGAUGCUAAAACACAAAAGGAAUCGUCUGCUCUUGGCCUGUUGGCUUUGAACUAUGGAAAUUCAUCUGACUCGGAGGAAGACCAGGAUGAAAUAGAUGCAUCACACCAUGCUGAUGAAAUGCCAACCUGCUCAUCAGAAAGUAAAUUUAAGUAUCAGAAUUCUGCGUUGCCUUUGUUCAAGCAAGAGUCCCUUCGUGGUGAAACUAUGAGUCAUACUCCAUCUUCAUCAAGGCUUGGUUGUAAGGAUAAAUUUUCUCUUCAAACUCAUGAUUGUCCUGCAGAACAUGGACAUAGACCAGGCAGUUUAAAGGAUGGAAAUGAUGGAACUCUUGAUUGCUCUGUCGAGUUUGAAACUGAUAAUCUUGCUAAUAUGGAAUCAAAUGGUUUCGACCGUACAUUUAGGGAUUCAGCAUCAAUAUCAUGUGUAAGUUCAAAUUGUUCUCCAGAUGUCUAUCAUGGUGAAAAAAAGAAGUUUAGCAAAGUUGCGGCAAGAGGGGAUGGGAAUGCAUCAUUUGCCCAACGAUCUGAUGAAGAUUCUUCUCGUAUGCAUGUUUUCUGUCUUGAGCAUGCCAUAGAAGUUGAACAGCAGUUACGUACAAUCGGGGGAGUGUAUAUAUUGCUUCUCUGUCAUCCAGAGUAUCCCAGGCUAGAAGGCGAGGCAAAGUUAGUAUCUGAAGAAUUGGGAAUUGAUUAUCUCUGGAAUGAAAUUGCUUUCAGGGAUGCCGCCAAAAAUGACGAGGAGAAUAUCCAGUCAGCUUUGGAUAGUGAGGAAGCAAUUCCAGGGAAUGGUGAUUGGGCUGUAAAGUUGGGGAUAAACCUUUUCUACAGUGCCAAUCUCAGCCGGUCUUCUCUUUAUAGUAAGCAGAUGCCAUACAAUUCCGUCGUAUACAAAGCUUUUGGUCGUAUAUCUCCAGCUAGCUCUCCCACAAAGUUAAUCAAAUACGGAAGGAGGUCUGUCAGGCAGAGAAAGGUUGUAGGGAGAUGGUGUGGAAAAGUUUGGAUGUCAAAUCAAGUUCAUCCUUUCUUAUCAAAGAAGGAUUCCGAGGAUCGAGAUCAGGAACAAGAGGAAGGUGGUUUUCGCGGUUGGAUAAUGCCAGAUGAGAAAACUGAGAGAAAGCCUCAAAGUUUGCACAAGACUGAAAUUACCUCGACAGGUAGAAAAUCUGCAAGGAAGAGAAAAAUGACAGUAGCAAGUAGACCAAUGAAGAAAGUCAAAUCUCCGGACCCCAAGGAUGUAGCUUCAGAUGAUUUAGAAGAGGAUAUUUCUCAUAAGCGGCCUACGAAAGUUUAUAGUAGGAAGCAAACUAAACAUAUCGAGAAAGAGUUUUCAUAUGAUUCAUUGGAUUAUUCUCAUCAGCAGCAUGAGAGAUCUCGCAGAAGCAAGCAGGCUAAAUCUAUUGAGAGAGAAGAGGCGGAUACUUACAAUUCAUGGGGACGUAACUCUCAUCAGCAAGAUAGAAGACUUCCGAGGAGUAAGCAGGUCAAAUCUAUCGAGGGUGAAAAUGAUGUCUCUGAUGCUUUAGCUGGAAGCAAUUCCCAAAAGCAACAUAAUAGAAUUCAUAGAACGAGAAGUAAGCAAGUCAAAUGUGCUCAGAGGAAAAGUGAAAUGUCAAAUUAUUCUGAAGAGGCUGAUAUUCGUGAGCAGCGUGGGAGGGUUCCUAGAAGUUCAUCACAAGUCGAGUUUUAUGAGAGAGAAGAAGCAGUUUCAGAUGAUUCGCUUGAGGAUACUUCUGAUCAGCCAAUAGAGACACCUCACAGACAUGAAGAUGCAAUUUCAGAUGAUUCCUUGGAAAAUAAUUAUCUUCACCGUAAUAGAAUGAUUUCUAGAGGCAGCCAAGCUAAGUAUUUUGAGAAGGAAGAUGAAGUUUCAGAGGAUUUGCCGGAGGAAAGUUCUUACAAGCAGCACAGAGGAUCUCACACAAGCAGGAAAAACGAAUUUACUGACAGAGAGGAUGAUAUUUCUGAUGACCUACUGGAUGACAACAGUCCGCAGGAGGGCAUGAGGGAUUUCAGAAGCAAGCAAGCUAGAUUUGUUGAGAGGGAAGAUGAAGUUUCAGAUGAUUCGCUGGAGGGAAAUUUUCUUCAGCAGCAGCAGCAAAGGAUCCCUACAAGCAAAAGGGCCAAAUAUGUCGUGAGUGAACAUGCUGUUUCAGAUGAUAUGGAGGAUGAAACUCAUCUUAAGCAUUGGAGAACUCCAAGAAGCAAGAAGGCUAAACUGACGGACAGCGAAGAUUUCUCAGAUGAUGAUGCACAUGAGGAUGAUGGCCCGUGGAAGUCAAGGAAGACUCCUAGAGGCAAGCCGGCCAAGGUCAUCGAGAGGGAGGCUGUAUCAGAUGAUAUGGAAGAAACUCACUGGCAGCAAAGAAAAACAUGUAGACAGAAGCAGGCGACUUCUUUUGAGAGCGAAGAUGUUUCUGAUGAUCUACAAGAGGAAGGUACCCAUUGGAAGCCAAAUAGAGGCAAGCAAACUAAAUUUUCCGACAAGGAAUAUAUUUCUGAUGAUCUGCUAGACGAUGAUGAUACCCACUGGCAGCCGAUUAAGACUCCCCCUAGAGGCAAGCAAGCAAAAUUUAUUGAGCCUGAAGAUGCAGUUUCUGAUGAAUUGGUGGAUGAUAAUUCAACGAAGCAGAAAAUGAUGAAUCUUAGAAGAAAGCACAAACCCGGAACGCUUCGCAAAAUGAAACAAGCGAUGUCUCAAGUGAGAAAGAAAGAAAAUCCAAAGUCAGUUAAACAAGAGAAACAAAUGAAGCUCGAGACUCCUCGUCUUCGCAAUGGUAAAACUGAGUUAGAAGGUGGACCUAGCACUCGCCUUAGGACGAGGCUCUCUAAACCUCCAAAAGAAUUGGAAACUAAGCUAAAAGAGAAGCUACAAACCAAUAAGAAAAAUACAAAAGGCGCGUCAGCAGUAAAGCCUCUGGCCUGCAAGAAAAACGGGAAAACUAAGGACGACGAUGCAGAAUAUCAGUGUGAGAUUGAGGGGUGCACCAUGAGUUUUGGCUCAAAACAAGAGCUAGCAUUGCACAAAAAAAACAUAUGUCCAGUCAAGGGAUGCGGUAAGACUUUCUUCUCGCACAAAUAUUUGGUGCAACACCGUCGUGUUCAUCUAGAUGACCGCCCGCUCAAGUGCCCCUGGAAGGGCUGCAAGAUGACAUUCAAAUGGGCAUGGGCAAGAACCGAACACAUUCGGGUUCACACAGGUGCUCGUCCUUAUGUCUGCGGGGAAGAAGGUUGCGGGCAGACAUUCAGAUUUGUCUCGGAUUUCAGUCGCCACAAAAGGAAGACUGGUCAUUCAAUAAAGAAAAGCAAGAAGUAACUUAGAGAAAUGUGAUUUCUUUUUUGGGAAAUUGCCAAUGCAAUUGUUGCUCAAUUGACAGGGUUAGAAGUAGGUUUGAGGAUAGGUUAGAUUUUGCCUGUAAUUUUCAUUCAUAUUUAACAUUAUUGGGGGUCUUAAAUUUGCCCAUUUAUUAACUGCAAUCUGACCAAUUGCUUGAAUCUUUAAACAGAUUUAUCUCUAAUGAAUCUCACUUUGUUUCAA